AUGGUGAAUGAAAAGCUGAUUUUAUUUGGUAUUAAUUCUCUUGUCACUGCACCAAUUGAACCAAUUAAAUCAAUAGAAGAACUUCGAACUGGUGAACAUUUUAUUAAUAUUAUCACGCAAAUUGAAGCACAAAAAUUUGCUGAAUCACGAAUUGAUAUUCUAUCAUCAAAUGAAAGUGUUCAAGAAAAAUUUAAAUUUAUACUCGAAUAUUUAUCAAAACAAUCAACUUCAUCAAUAACUGAAUGGAAUAUCAAUGAAUUAAUUCGAGGAAAUGAUAUUUUACUUUCAAAAACUGCAUUACUUGUUGUAUUUGCUGCUCAUGCUGAUACAUAUUUCUAUUCGAAAUCACUUGAAACGGAUGAAAAUCAACAUGAACAAUUAGCAGCGCUUUUUGAUUUACAUAUGAUUGAAGCAACACAAAAUAAUCCAUAUCAAUUAAAUAUUGAUGCUUGUUUAAAAGAAGAUGCUGCAAGUACACAACCAAAACAAACAACACCAGUUAUAAGAAAACGUCGAAAUACUCAAAUUUGUAAUUUAAAUGAUUCAUUAAAUAAUAACAAUCGUUCAUCAAUUCUCGAUCGAAGUUUUACUCGUUCACCAGGAUCUUUUCAGCAAUCUCAUGCUGCUGUACUUGCAGCAAAUCAACAAGCACGUGUUCUUCAAGAAGAUUUAUUUAAAGUGCAAUAUGAAUUAGAUGAUCUUCAACAUAAAUACGGUGGUCUUGAAAAAAGUUACCAUGAAUUAAAGGAUAAAAAUCGUGAAUAUUCCGAAAAAAUUCUUCGACAAACUGAUUAUGAUACAAUUAAAGAUGAACGUAAUAAACUUCGUGAAGAUGUUCAUCGAUAUGAAAUUGAUAAUAAACGUCUUCAAGGUGUAAAAGAAAAUGUUACAGAUUUGCAACAACGUUUACAACAAUAUCAAAAGAAAAAUGAUGAAAUGCAUGAAAAAGUUGCUACACUUGAACGAAAAUUGCGUGAAUCUAAACAACAAUGUGAUGAAUAUAGUAAAAAAAUUGUUAAUCAAAAUGCUGAUAUUCUACUUUUAUCAUCUGUAAAUGAACGUGUAAAAAUGUUAGAAAUAGAAAAUCAACAAAUGAAAAUAAUUAAAGAACAACGUGAAACAGAAUUGUUAAGACAAAUUCGUCAUUUACAAGAUGAUAAAGAAGAAUUACAAAAACAACUUGAUGAACCAAUGACAACUACUGAAACACCAUUAAUUGUUGCAGAGAAACGAGCUUUAGAAGAAGAAUUACAUAUACUUAAAAUGUCAUUUUAUGAUCGACGUGAAGCUGAUACUGAAAUUGAAUCGUUUAAACAAACAAUAAAACAAUUAGAAGAAAAACUUGAACAAUUGAGAAAUGAAUGUCAAGAACUAUAUAAACAAAAACAUGAAUAUGCAGAAGAACAAAUUGCACUUCGAAAUGAACUUAAUGCACAACUUGAAACCUAUGAAAAUAAACUUUAUUCAUCAACAAAACUUGUCGAAGAAUUGAAACGUGAAAAUGCUAAAACAACUGAUGAAUGUAAUCUUGUUCGUAGUGAAAUCAUUUCGUUAAAAAGUAAACUGCACGGGCAAAGUAGUGAACUUAAUUCUGAAAUUGUUAAAUCUUUUGACUUACGACAUCAACUUGGUUUACUUAAUGAACAAGUUUCAUUAAAAUCAGCUGAAAUUGUUAGUCUUUUAACAAAAAUUGAUUCAUUAAAAGUUGAAAUUGAUCAUAUAAAAUUUGAUCGUGAUAAUUGUCAAACACGUUUAAUUGAUUUACAAAUGCAAUAUGAUAAAUUAACAAAUACAUGUUCAAUGUAUGAAAGUAAAUUAAAUGAACAAGAAGAACGUGAAACUGAACUUAAAUUACAAGUACAACAUGUACGUGAAAUGUAUGAAAGUAUUAUUCAAGAAAAAGUACAUUCACAAACAGAAUAUACCGAUGCACAAAUGAAAGUUUCAAAAGCUGAACAAGCUUUAAAAGAUAAAAUUGAAGAAGUAGAAAAUUUAAAAAAAGCAGCAAGAUUAUUUAAUCAAGAUAUAAAAGAACUUGAAAAAUAUGGUGAAGAUUUACGUGAACAUUAUGAAAAAUCGAAAGUUACACAUAAAAAGACUGAACAAGAAUUAGAUGAUUUAAAAUCUAUUCAUUCAAAAACAUUACAUGAUUAUGAUGAAUUACAAAAACAAGCUUCAGCUCUUCGAUCACGUUGUAAUCAAUUAGAAAGUGAACGUUUACCUUUAAUUGCUCAACUUGAAUUUGCUGAUAGAAAUUUACGACAAGUUAAAAAACAACAACAGCAACAACAACAAACAGCAAUGACAACAAGUACAACUGUUCAUCAUCAACCACCCGCUGUUUUACAAUCAAUUGAAAAUAAUAAUAAAUCAAUUUCACGUCUUAUUCGUUCACCAAGUCUUGAUAUGCGUGUUAUGCGUCGUACAAAUGAUAAAAUGGAUGAUACACGUUCAUUAGAUCAUGAUGAUUUAGCAUUACUUUUACAUAAAAAUCAAUCCUACAAUAAUUUUCCUUUAAAUACUCGUUCAACUGAUCUUAUAACAAAAUAUGAAAUAGAAAAUGAAGAUGAACCAAUUCAUCUUGACUUAGGUCCAAUUGAUUAUGAUCGACGUAUGACAGAACUACAACGUCGAAAUCUUAGUCAACCAAAACAUUUACGUACAGCUUAUGCACUUGAAACCAUGGAACGAGAUCCAGAUCAAUUUUCAGCUAGUUUUAUUCGUAAAGGUGGAGCAAUUCAUGAUGAACAAUCAGUACGACAAAGAAUUAUUAAUGAAAAUAAAAAUGGAUCUGAAACACCAAAAGCAUCACGAUUUAAGAAUCUAUUUAAUCGUAAAUGA